UUGCUUGCGACCUGCGCGCUAAUGAACAUACUUCCUCUCGCGGCUUGGUCGUGCGUCUGCACCGAUCCAAUCUUCCAAUUCCGCGCAUAAUACGUGAUAAUCAUUACCUUCCGUGUCGUCCGCCCCAGUUCGUGUUAUACUAAAAUUUCGAAAUUAAAGUUCAGUGCUAACAUGGAUGUGGAAGCUGUGAGGGACGAUAUAAGCGUCGAAGAUGGCAGUUUGAUUGUUUACAACGAUAUUGUGUACUCCGUUAAUAAACCAAGAAUAUCUUUUAAAAGGAAACCGGAGCUAACUGGAGAUACAAAUGUUAUUGACCCUAACUUCAUACUCCGUGGAGCAUGUGGUGCCCUCAGACCUGGGCGGAUGACGUUCAUCCUGGGCCCUUCCGGAGCUGGGAAGACGACAUUACUCAAAAUAUUAGCUGGAAGAAAGAGGAACGGUGUGACCGGGUCUUUGUAUGGCGCAGGCCGCAGCUCGGUGCUGGUGGCACAAGAUACCACACUCAUUGACACACUCACAGCAAGAGAGACACUCAAGUUUGCAGCUAGCUUAAAGCUGCCGAACCAUUCUUUCAGAGAACGAUAUCAUGUGAUCAACACAGUAACGAAACAACUUGGUAUAAAUGACGUUCUAAACACCAGAGCGGGAAAACUGUCAGGAGGAGAACGAAAGAGGUUGAUCAUAGCAUGCGAACUACUUACAGACCCCACUAUCAUGCUUCUUGAUGAGCCUACCAGUGGAUUAGAUGCUGUAUCAUCGCUGUCCGUAGCACGAGCUCUUCACACUGUGGCCCGCAGUGGCAGGACCAUAGCUUGCGUUCUCCACCAGCCUUCUUCUCAACUGUUCAACACGGCUGAUGACGUCAUACUCCUGGCCAACGGCAGGACUCUGUACGCUGGUGCCGUGGCCGACGUCCCUGCCGCUCUCUACAGAGCCGGCUUUAUAUGCCCACAGUAUUAUAAUCUAGCGGAUUACUUGUUAGAGAUAGCUAGCGAAGAGCACUCUGGGGAUAUGAAUCUCUUAGAACGUGAAGCCACCAGCUACGCCCAAGAGAUGAGCAAGAUCGCCAAGAAUGAGAUUUAUAAUGGAAAAGCUAUUGAGUUAUCACCGGAAUCUGUGGCCCUACUGAACCCCAGCCCGAGUCCUUCGAGAGGGUACGCCGCUGGUUUCUGUCAGCAGUUGCAUGCGCUACUCUGGAGGUGUUGCAUUGGAGUACUCAGAGAUGUUCACUUAACACAGAUUCGACUGGUAUGCCAUUUCAUCGUAGCAUUACUCCUGGGAGCUCUGUACAACGGCGCGGGCGCAGACGCGUCGCGAGUCAUGACCAACUCCGGCUGCCUGUUCUUUUUCCUACUGUUCCUAUUCUUCUCCAACGCUAUGCCUACUAUACAUGCAUUCCCCACUGAAGCCAAAGUAGUUCUGCAUGAACAUCUGAACAAAUGGUACUCUUUAUCAGUGUAUUGUGCUGCCAAAAUCAUCGUCGAUUUACCCAUACAGUUAUUAUGUGCAACAAUAUUCCUAUUCCCGGCGUGGUACCUGACGUCUCAGCCGUUGGAGUUACAUCGGUUGGGCCUCGCGUGGCUGAUAUGUGCUCUUGUCACUAUACUGGCGCAGACGUUCGGAUUUGUUGUCGGCGCUUCUUGUGGAAUGAAGUUGGGGCUUUUCGUAAUUCCAGCAGCGAACAUACCGAUGUUGAUGUUCUCUGAGUUCUUCAUCCCUUACCACGAGAUGCCAGUGUACCUGCGCCCGUUCGCCUUGAUUUCUUACUUCAGAUACGCAUUCGAUGCUUUCCUAGAAACUGUUUUCGGUCUCGACCGAGGCCGACUACCCUGCUAUGAACCAUAUUGCAUGUUCAAAAACCCCGUUAAAUACCUAGAACAUUUAGGCCUCGCUAGAGACCUAAAAGCCGAUUUCACAGCUUUAGUGCUAUGGAUCGUCUUACUGCAAAUAACGUUGGUCAUAGUUCUGCAUGUGAGAGUGUUUAGAGCUUGCAGAUAAUUUCUUUCAAUUGCUAGGUCGAACGAAAACUUAAUUUUCAUGAAUACUGCUUCUUAGUUCUUUAAGUACAAUUUUUAUGGUCAGACGCACCUAUAGCACGUCUCUUAAUAUUAAGAAGAAAUUACAGUAGUCAAUGAUCUACUUGGAGGAAAGUCACAAAUUAUAUUAUAUAAAAUAAUGCAUAGCAUACCAAGUAGAUAUGUUUGAUCUGAUACGAAUAGGUAUAAGUGAGAUAUUAUUGAAUUUAAUUAAAUAUACUACUAUUUAGCCAUUAAUUAUAUUAUAUAUUGAUAUUAUUAUUUCGGAGAUGCAGGUAUCAUAGGAAUAUUAAGUAAUGGAAAAAUCCAAGAUACUUUGUAUAUGUUGAUCUUUAUGUUGAUGUGUAAUGAGGGUGAAAGUACAUAGACAUACAAUAAUCUGAUAUGACAGGAAAUCAUUUAUUCCAACCAUGUUUGAAUUGUGUUUGAUAAAUACUGUAAAAUAAUAAAAUAAUAUAUUAAAAUAGUUCUAUCUAUUGUCCUCACUACUGACUGAUACUAGUUAGUAACUAACAAGAUAUCAGACAGUAGUGCGAACACCGUCAACAAUGGUUCAAAGUGCAGCAAAGCGUUUUACUCAGAAUACAGAGUGCCCAGUAUAUCUGUAGAUGUUAGUACAAAUUCAAGUACUGAACAAAGCAUUCAAUAUUUUCCCACCAAUUUGUUAAUACUGCUGCAUAUUUUGAUCCAAUGUUUCUUUAAUACAAGUAUGUAACCUAACUAAAGAUAAUGUACUAGGAAAUGAAUCGCUCGAAUUCUAUUUGUGCGAAUAAUCUUUGCCCUCAUUCGCAUAUCAUUAUCACAUACAUAUGGUUAGCCUAUUAAUUGGCUCGAUACAGUCAAA